UGUGUGUGUGUGUGUGUGUGUGUGUGUGUGUUGGAACUCAGUCACCACCCUCACUACCAUCACUAGGAUAACACACGACUAGCACGCCCACCACCACACUAAGAGAAUAGAAGACUACCAUUGUGUUGAGCACCAGAAGGAGACGAAAAGGAGAGAAGCGUCGCACAGGAUAAGGACGAUGGAUCCCGCCAACAUCUUCAAAAUCAUUACCAACAGCACACUCUUAGCCACGCGCCUCCUUCCCGACCAGCCCCUGCCCAUAGAGUUCUCGGCGACCCGCUACUGUGCCGCCCUGCCCGAGGACAGCCCCCUGGCCGUUGUAGUGGCCACCCUCCACGCCACACACGCCCAUGGCGCUGAAAUCAAGUACAGCAUCACGGGAGGCAACGCUGGCGGCCUCUUCACCAUCGACCAACGCUCCGGCACCGUCUCCCUGGCCGCCGCACUGGACCACGAGCUCAGCCAUCAGCACCAGUUGGAAGUCACGGCUGAGGCAGGAGGAGCCGCAGCCCGCGCCCAGCUGGUGGUGCAGGUCGGGGACGUCAAUGACAACGUCCCAGAGUUCGUGCGUCCCGCCCCGCGCAUCACGGUUAUCGAGGAGGAUGACAGGGAUUUGCCCGCGACUAUUGCCAGAGUGGAGGUGGUGGACGCGGACAGCAGUGACGCAGUAGGCCUGUCCUUCCGAGUGAGUGGUGACGGUGUGGAUCAUCUCAGUGACGGGGACGCCUUCUUCACCAUCAACGACAGCACCGGAGACCUCAUCCAGCUCAGAGCCCUCGACCGGGAUCCGCCGCACGGGAGAGGUGAGUGGCGGUUGCUGGUGGAGGUGCGGGACGGCCAGGGACGCCGGGAGGAGCAGCAGACAACCCCAGUAAUUCCCCAACCAUUCUCCCCGUCCCACCUACACCGCCAGGCGUCUUGGGGUCACCAGGAUCCUGAAAGAGAUGUCACCCCCACCCAAAUCUGGCCUCAGUUCCUUCGAGGCGAAGACUUGGCCAUAGGAGACACGGGGCAUGGGAGACCAGAUGAUGGAGGAAGAGAAGAGCGUCAGGCGUCAACUCAUAGAAAGCACCACAAUGUCGCCUCAGCUACAAGUGAAGGGCAGCCCUUCCCACAACACCUGCAUGAAGGAAGGCCACAGAGAGGACUCGUUACGGAGAGAACCAGAGACAGUACUGCAGUGGGUGUGACUGUGGGUGUGGGUCUGAUGGAUGGGGGCAUCAGGAAACCUGCCAUCAAGGCGGGCAGGACCAGUAUAAUGGAGGCUGCUGGUCGUCUUUCAGAGCGAAAAGAAGUGAAGGCAGAGGGGAUAUCGAUUUUCACGCCGCAGGGAAACAAGUUGAAUAAAGACAUCGGGCCGUCCAGACGCCGUGUCGGGGAUGUAUCUGCCGUCACGUCCCAGUUCCCGAGGCGGUGGGGCGGCGAAGAUGUGAGCGCCAUGGAUGGCGUGGGCGGCGUGCAGUAUCGGGACAGGCGAUCCUCGUACCUUGGAGUGACGGCAGCGGCGAGUGGCUCCCCGUCAGGCCAUCCAUCACCACAGACAGCAAUCACAGUCGCCGCGGGCCGCCGGGAGCAUUGGAAACAAAACCGGAAAACUUGGAGCCACAACUUGCAUUUACAUGUGAAGGACAAAUCAGAAUCCACUUCGAAAUUCCCUCUCGGCACUAAAAACAAGCGCGUGACAGGCCGGCACGACCCUCCCGCCCAAGCAACUCCAAACCACCACCUGGGAACGCCCGCUCAUGACUUUCAGAUGAGGAACGUGAGGGAUUCCAUGAAGCUACCCGUCGCAAGACUUCCAGGCAGUGACGGUCACGUUGUGGUGCCGCCACCAGAUCAGUCACAAGGAAAUCGGCACCCAUGCGACGGAAUGCUAGAGGUUCGCCGCGCCGUGAACACUGCGCCGCAGAGUGCAGUAACGGACACCCCUCCAAUUGCUGAGAAUGGUACUCAACAAACCCUUUCUUCUUUCUCCUCUCACUCUGACCGGACUCCAGACCCGCCUGGCGCCGCCCCCACCGACAACAUGGCACCUCGAGGCUCGUUUCUCGCAGGAAGCACCAAGCUAGGGUUUCUUGAGGCGAGGAAAUCCAGCACAACAGAGGUUUUGGAAAAGACUCCGUCGCGCCACAGGAGGGAUGGCCAGAAUACUGCUCCCAGUCAGCAUAAAUACUCUGCGCUUAGCGUAAGGCUAGGAGACGCUGCCGAAGAGAUGAACAUGAUCCACACAUUCCACCGGACUAGCCUGGAAUCUCCUGCCACCACUAAAAUAGAUCUUUCGUCUGGUGGCGUCGCCGGUAGCAAGAUUGUGCGCGAGGCAGGCCUGGAAGCUCUCACGCCCUCGCCACUAGAGGAAAGCAGCUGUGAAGGAGUGGAGGUGCUUGGCGGUGGUGGUAGAGACGAAGGAAGUGAUGGAAGCAGAGUGCACGUGGUGGAAACGGUGGUGACGGUGCUAGUGAAGGACAUCAACGACAACGCCCCGGUCUUCCCCAACACCACCAUGUUGGGUCAUGUGCAGGAAAACGGGCCCGCGGGGGAGGCGGUGGUGGUGGUGUCGGCGUGGGACGCUGACGAUGCUACAGACGGGACCAACGCGCGGCUCACCUACGCCAUCGAGAAGAACGUGGUGGACGAGGGCACAGGCGCCGCCAUCUUCACCAUGGAGUCUGCCACGGGGAUGGUGAGGACAGCGCGCUGCUGUCUCGACCGCGAGACCACGCCCGAGUAUCAGAUACAGGUGGUGGCCUCCGACGGGGGUGGCCUCAAGGGCACGGGCACGGUGGUGAUACGUGUGGCAGACCAAAAUGAUAACUCGCCCCGCCUCGCCCGCCGCCUGUGGGAGUUACAAGUGGAGGAGACGCCGCCCACAAUCCCGCCGCCCAACACCACCCUGCUAGAACUGACGGCCGCUGACAGGGAUGCCCACAACACCUUCCUGUACAGGGUGGUGCCGGACAGUGGCCACGGCUGGGAGAACUUCGGUGUGAGGUCUGUGGGCGCCGCCGGACAGCUGUUUGCAGUGAACGGCCUUGACUACGAGCUGGAGACACACCGUCGGGGCUUCCGCUUCAUGGUGCAAGUGACGGACCAGGGUCCCCAGGGGUGGGAGGACCUGCAGCACGUGGACUCUGCCUGGGUCACGGUGAGGCUGCUUGACGUGAACGACAACCCACCCUUGUUCUCUCGCCCACACGCCCACGUUACUGUGAAGGAAGACGCCGCCCCUGGCACGCCGUUGGCCACACUGAACGCCCACGAUCCUGACGCGGGCAGCAGGCAGGGCGUGGACUACAGGCUGGAGGGCGGCUGGGAUGCCCUUGCUGUGGAUGGGGACGGAAGCGUCAGUCUAGUGCGGCAGCUGGACAGAGAAGCUCCAGGCGGAGAGGAGGGUGAGGUGCUGGUGGUGGCCGUGGACAGAGGCAGCCCGUCGCUCUCUGCUACCGCCACACUCACCAUCACCGUCACUGAUGUCAACGACUGCCCUCCGCUUCUCCUACAGCCCACACUCUUGCAUGUCACAGAGGGUGAUCCACCAACCAAGUUGGGCGUGCUCAGAAUGACCGAUCCUGACGUGUGGGCUCUGGGUCACGGACCGCCCUUCUUUCUCUCUCUGGCGCCCACCAACACGCCCCUCGUCCUCUCCCUCAUCAGUCUUAAAUUUGACCCACGCCUGGACAGUGGACGUGGUGGGGCGGAGAUAUGGACGGCGGGCGCGGUGGACAGGGAGCAGCACCGUCAUUUGGUCGUGGAGGUGGCGGUACAGGACGCCCAGGGUUUGGCCGCUAUACACCGCGUCACUGUGAUGGUGGACGACGUCAAUGACAACCCCAUGAAGGCCGCCACCAAGACUGUGUACCUGUGGAAGACUCAGGGCGGCGGGACAGACGCCCCGCUGGGCCGGGUGUUCGUGCAGGACCCCGAUGACUGGGACCUGGCGGACAAACACUUUGAAUGGGCUGGUCCACCUCACCCUCUGUUCACGCUUAAGCCAAGUGAUGGGAUGCUCUUCGCUUCCAGCCAAGUCCGGGAAGGCAGGUAUGAGUUACAGUUCUCAGUCAGUGACCGCGUGUGGCGUCAGAGAGGUGUGGCCGCCAACGUGACGGUCCUGGUGCACCUCUUAAGUCCCGACGCCCUCACCCACGCUGCACCCCUCGCUCUCACGCCCACCACACCCGCUGCCCUCACACGCGGUUGGUCCCCCUCGGAGGGCGGCGGGAAACUUGGGACAGUUCUGGCCGAGGUGCUGGCGGUGCUGGAGGAGCGGCAGGCCACAGUGGAGGUGGUGAGUGUUUACAGUGGCUGUGGUCUACCAAACACCACGUUCCCCUUCCCUGAUUCGAGUCCCGCGCCCUCUACCUGUGUUUGGCUCAGUGCUAAGGACGCUCGCGGCAGGUACCUGGACCCUGUCAAGAUUCAGGGACUUCUUGCCCUGCACACUCACCAGAUAACGGCGGCCACCAACCUGACUGUCACCGCUCACCCACCGCCAGAUGACGCCCACACUAUGGAGGACACACACCUGCACUCCGCCACCUCCCUCGCCUCCACCAGCCCUCCACUGCAGGUUGUGGACACAAACUCCACCUCCCUGGUCACGCCGCGCCUCACCCACGCCUCGCCAUGCCACGGCCACGCCCUGGAAUCCCGCUCGCCCUUAGUUUGUCUGAAUGGUGGACGCUUCGUCAGGUCUCUAGAUGGUGGUGAGAGGUGCGUGUGCCCAGGGAAAACCUCUGGUCCGCGGUGCAAGGUGCUUGGACGCACUUUCUGGGGAUCUGGGUGGGCAUGGCUACGCCCGCUGCCGCCCUGUCUGCCCACCACCAUUUCCCUGCGCCUCCUAACCCGCCACCAGCAAGGCCUUCUGCUGUACGCCGGGCCCCUGGCACCAGCACUGCGUCGCGCCGCCCCAACACCAAUGCUCACGUUGCAGCUGGUGGGCGGGUGGCCCCAGGUGCUAGUGGAGGGGGUGGACGGCUCCCUUAAGCUUCAGGUCAACACGUCCCUGAGUGACGGCCGCUGGCACACCCUACACCUCGUCAUCGACCACCAGGGAGUGGUGCUAAUGGUGGAUCUGUGUGGGCGUGGUUGGGAAGGCAGAACUGAGGACGGCGCCCACUGCCUUGCUCAUGGUAAAUGGCGUCGGCUUCAGGGCAGUGCUACUUGGCUGAGCUCAGCACCUCUCCAGGUGGGUGGAUUCGCCCAUCCUCCACCAGGGCGGGAACAACACGGGUGGCGUGAGACGCCCACCGACAGCCAUCUGGCAGGCUGCCUUUCUCACCUCACCAUCAACUCUCAGAUGAUUGACUUGGGCGAGCCUGCCUACAGCCAUGACAGUGCUAGUGGCUGCCUGCCCCAGGACGCGGCGUGUGUAGGAGGGUGCGGUGUCAGGGGUCGCUGCGUGGGUGGCUUGGUGCUGCCAUGGUGUGACUGUGAGCCAGGCUGGACGGGGCCACACUGCACCGCGCCCACCGUGCCCAUCCGUCUGGGGGCAGCCUCCUACAUGAAGGUGGCGCUCUCUUUCACUCCUGCUCCCCGAGUGGUCAAGCUGCAGGUGCGAAUCAGACUGCGGGGCGCUCGCAACGGCCUGCUGCUUCACCUGGCAGCACACCAUCGCGCUGCCGCCUUCACCCUGCACCUGAAGGCUGGUGUAGCUUGCGCCUCCGUGUCUGGCGCUGGAUGGGCUGCGAGGAUAGCGUGCGUGGAGAGGCGCCCGCUUGGUGAUGGGAUGUGGCACACUGUGGCCGCGGAACGUCACGGCCACAAUCUCCGCGUGAGUGUGGAUGACGGGGAUGGAUGGAGCCUCAGCGAGACCCUGACCUCCAUGGACACGCCUGCCUGGGAGGGGCCGCCGCCACCACUCAUGGUGAACAAGCACGACGGCGUGACGGUGGGCGGCCUGCCUGAGUUCGUGGGCGUGAACCUAGUGACGGUGCACGACGACCUACAAGACACCUGCCUGGACGAUCUACGAGUGUCGGACCACCAACUCCCUUUACCUCCAGCUGUAAACGGUACCACCUGGGGGCAGGUGACUACAAUGGAGCACUUCAUUGAGGGGUGUCAUCCUCCCGGAGAUCCUUGUGCCAACAUUAGCUGUGCUGCGCCACGCUCAUGCCGAGCCGCCUGGGACCAGCCAUCCUGCAGCUGUGGUCCCGGCAUGCGUCUGGUGGACGGAGUCUGCAAGGAUGUAGACGAGUGCCAGUGGCGGCCGUGUCUGCACGGCGGUUCUUGCCUCAACCUACAACCCGGUUACGUGUGUGUGUGUGGACCAGGCCACGUAGGUGACCAUUGCCAGUGGUCCAAGAUAGCUACCAGUGGCCAUCCCGUAGCACCCCCCGCUGCCAUCGCGGCUAUCACCGUGUCCGUCCUCGUCCUGGUGGUGCUUGGCCUGGUGUUGUCCCUGCGGCUGCACCGGCUGAGGGGCGUACAAGGCCUACAGGCAGGAGCAGUGAAAGGCGGCAUCCAGAGUGUGAAGGAGGCUGCAGUGGAAGGCAGUGAAGAUGGAAGUGUUGGAGAGGCAGCUGUGCAGGAAGGGUCCAGCGACACCCUGAUGGAGCUGCUCAAAUUACGAGUGUCGAGGGACCCAUCAGGACUGUCGGAGGAACACUCAGCAGUGCCAUCGGGGUGGGGAAGCUGUGGCAGCGUCUUGUUGGUGGAAACACAGCACCUGCCCGCCAUGCACCUCGAGGACCGGCCAACCUGUCCCUGCGGAGAUAUCACCGCCUCAGCACACCGCGGCUCUUCUACGUCAGCGGACAACUUGGCGCAACACCGAGACCUAGCAGCUGCAGAUGAGGGAGGCGGUAUUGCUGCGGGAACUGUCUGGCCAGAGAUGUACAGGAUUUCAGGCACCAUGAUUAGCUAGAGGAGAGAGCGCCUGCGCGUCCCCAACAGGUGGAGGAGGAGAGGAGGUUGCACCUGCGGAGGCGUGUGGCUGGGCACAGCGGGGAGAGAACGCCGCAUGGGGAGGACCUAUCCCAAGAGACAAAGGCGCAAGCCACCACGAGGCUUCAAAAACACUCCUGGUGAGAAAGCAAAGCGUUUUAGAUACUGGUCUGAGUCACACUACACAACGAGAACCAUCCCCGUGGCUCCCUGCUGCCUUCCAUUACCCGGCGGCCUUCCACGCCAGCAGAGAGCACCUCCCCUUGGCUUGCUCCACCGAUCUACCGCGUGGCGCCAAAACAGGAUCCUUUGCACAUGAAGUCUGAAAAAUACAGUUGCCUUCCCAGAUUUUCUCUCAAGAUGCGAACUUGUUCUACCGUGAAGUCCUGAUGUUGUCCCUGUCCGUGAUGACAAAACCACCCCCCUGCCCAUCCUUGCCCCUGAGAGCUUUAGUGGAUGACACUACCGAGAGAAAGAUAUAUAUAUAUAUAUAUAUAUAUAUAUAUAUAUAUAUAGAGAGAGAGAGAGAGAGAGAGAGAGAGAGAGAGAGAGAGAGAGAGAGAGAGAGAGAGAGAGAGAGAGAGAAUAUUAUUUUAGAAAAAAAAAUAUUGAUAUAAGAUUCUGAGCAUAUGAUUCUUUUCACAAACCGUCUACUGUGUGGAAACCAAAAAAGACUUUUCUCUGCUCAAUUGUGAGCGAGAGUAACUGAGCGGUGGUGAUAAUAGUGACGACUGUGAUGAUAAGAAUGAUGAUAAUAAUAUUGAUAAUAAUGAUAAUAAUAAUAAUAAUAAUAAUAACAAUAAUGAUAAUAAUAAUGAUAAUAAUAAUAAUAAUAACAAUAAUAAUAAUAAUAAUAAUAAUAAUAAUAAUAAUAAUAAUAAUAAUAAUAAUGGUGAUGAAAAUCACAUAUUGGUUAUCUGUAAGGUGCGAGUGACUGACAGAAUGCUUGUGAUUAUUUGUUUGUUUGUUUGUACUGUGUUUUGUGGCAAGACAUGAAGUUUAUACAUUCCUUAAUAUAAAUAAGAAAAAUUAUAUUGUUCUUUUUCCUUACCCACCACCUUAUGGUAACCCUGUGGAGGAAAACUGCCCUUCAUGUUGCUCAAACGGGAGUAAA